AUGAAACAGAAUAAUUAUUUGGUGAAGGAUAUAUAUUCAGAAAAGGUCAAACAACCUCUUUAUGAUUUUCAAAAUUGUCAACUUUCAGUAACCUUAACUAUUUAUGAUUCUAGAAUCCUAAAUAACAGAACUAAUUACAGAAGAAGCCAAAAGAAAAACAACCUGUAAUUAAAACUGUUCCUAAAUUUUAUAAUCACCAAGCCUUUUUAUAACAAUAGAAGGCAAACUAGCAUCUUCUACUGAAAAUCACAUAACCAACAAAAACAGCAUCAUAACAUUUAUUAUCUAAAAAGGAAUAACCUAAAAUUAAUUUUGGUGCAAAAAGAAUCAACGAAUAAAAUACUUUUUAAGCAAUAAAAAUCAAUAAUUCACCUUAGAAUAACGAUAACAAAAAGCAAGAAAAAGAGUUUCGAAAAUAAAUAAGUGAAGUAGUUUUAAUGUAAAAAUACCAUGCUAACCGAUUGAUUGAAUAAUAAGAUUAGAAGACCUUUUUGAUUUUAAACAAACUUACAAAGAAUAAAUUUAAUAAUAGCAGAUAUUGCAAUCUCAACUUUCUAUCAUCCAUUAAUAAAUAAUCGAAAUUUGUUAUCUUUGUUAUUCAAAAUUUAGAUUUAUUCGGUGUUAAGCACACUUCUUCCUUUCUUGGAAAAAAUCCCCCAACAUAUUAAUGUUCAUUUUUUUAAGAUCAUAAACUGCUAUACAAAAGCAAACCUGUAGAAUAUAAAGAAUUUCUAGAAAGUAUUAUGGGGUUUCAUUGUUAAGAAUUUACAUCUUUAUAAAUGAUGAUAGAAAAAAUUAAAUAAAACGAAGAAGUAAGAUAGUAUUUAUCUUGAAUAGUUUUCAGUUGGUGAAGUCAUUUAUAUUGAAAGUUACUCUCAUAUAACAACUACUCCUUUGAAAGACAAUAUUAUCAUUAAGGUUAGUGAUGAAAUAUAAGGCGAAAUAAAGAAAACUAUAUCAGGUGAAUAAGUAACUGUAGGAAAACUUUAAUACAAAGUAUUGUAAUUGUGUCAAUAAAACAAUUAAAAUAAGUUACAAGUUCCUUAAUCAAGCUAUGCAAUACAAAUAUAACAAUUAACUCCUCGACUUUCAGCUAAAUAGAUUGAUGAAAAUGCUUCUUAAUAAUGA